GGACUCUAUAUCCCAUGGUACGUCAGCAAGUUACUCUUUUGCAAAGCAUGGCUUGUUUCUGUUUUCUUUGAAAGAUCGGUUUUGUAGAUAUUGAACUGGAUGUGUUGCCAUUCACUGUUUCUACAUGCAUGUGAGUUGCAGGGAUGGUGCAUGGUUUCCUGAUCCACACCCUGUGCCCAGGCAGAGCUGGUUCUAGCUCUGUGUGCAGGGUUCUGUACACACGUUUCUUUUGCUCCAAGCCCCUGGUUCCGCUUCCUGGUGGGCUUGGUGCCGACGCAGAGCGGCUGCUGCAGAAGGAACAGAUGAUGGUGGUGGCCAGGCAGGUGAUGUCGGCAUGUACUCUGUCCCGUGAAGCAGCAGGGAAGCCUACCCCCGAAUCCUGCCUCCCUCCUUUGGAGGAGGUGGCGGCUGUGCAAGAGGCUGACUGCGGGGUAUUCCAGCUGGGGGCAGGGGAACCCUUCCAGGUGGAGAAGACUGUGGUAUGGCUGGGGGUGCUGUCCCUGGGGUUCAGCCUGGUCUGCGAGCCCCAUGAGAACCUCCUGCUGGCUGAGGGUAUCCUACGUACCCUCGCCCGGCACUGCCUGGAGCACCUGCACCUCCUGGGUCCCCCUGGCACUGAUGUCCUGCUUAAGGUGGACCGCACAGAAGUGUUGCUCGACAGGCUCCUGCCACACGGACAGCUGCUGUUCGCCAACCACCACUUCAUCCACAGCCUGGAGAAGGAGAUUGCUGCCUGCAUGGCCAAGUGAGACAGCUCAGAAGCAGGGAGAGAUGCUGUCCUGCUGUAGCUGCUUUUGAAAUGUUUCCUCUGCUCGGUAAUGUCUUGGGCAUGUAUGAGUUUGUUUGCAUCUGUUUUUCUAAAUUGGGAAUAUACACUUCUGCUUUCACGUACCUAUUCACUUGUUGUAGGUCACAUGGGCUAAUUUCUGCAGAACAAUGAGCGUGAACAUAACCUACAGCACCACCACAAAGUGAUUAGUUACCAGGGUGGAGCAGCAGCCUUUAUUGUGUAGCAUGUGUGGUGGGAAAAUUACAAUGUUGCUUCUGCAAUGAUUGUUUAGGGUUUCCAUGCUCAGGUUUAAAUACUAUUACAGGUUAUAAGAUAUAGGUAUAAUAUAAUAAUAAUGUAUUAUUAUCGGUAGAUGUUUGUGAACAUACUUCCUCUUUCUUGCUGCAGGGCAG